AUGGAUGGGUCUGAUGAUGAGCAAGUACCUGAGCAGGUAGAGUUUAAUGCUAAGAGUGACAUGAGAAAUGUUGUACUGAAGAAGGAGAUAAAGUUUCUUAAUGCAAAGGUGUUCAGAGCUGCUUUGAGGGAGUAUGCAAUCAAAAAACCUAUUGACAUCAAAUUCAAGCUUAAUGAGAGGACUAAAAUAUCAGUUCACUGCAAGAAUGGGUCAAAGAGAAAGGCAAAGAAUUUGAUCAAUGGAGAAGAGCAACUGCAAUAUGGUGUCCUUAGGGACUAUGCACAAAUGAUAAACACUGUAGACAAGGGGAGUAAGGUUAUACUACAGACAGAAAUGACUGAUGAGACUUCCCAGCCAAAAUUUAAGAGGAUGUAUGUUAGGUUCAAUACUCAGAAGGUAGGAUUUUUAGGUGGAUGCAGACCAUUUAUAAGUUUAGAUGGUUGUCACAUAAAGCAUAGAUUUGGUGGGCAAAUCUUAUUUGUCACUGCCAAGAAUGCAAAUGACAACAUUUUUCCAGUAGCCAUGGCUGUUGUGGAACAAGAAACCAGGGAGUCUUGGAUAUGGUUUUUGGAAAUUUUUGCUGAUGAUAUAGGGAGGCUAGAGGAGCUUCAGUUGGUCUUCAUUUCUGAUAGGCAAAAGGGGCUUAUACCUACAAUAGAGACACUAUUCCCUACUGUGGAGCAUAGAUACUGUGUGAAACACAUCUAUAAUAAUUUUAAAGUUGAUCACAAGGGAUUGGAGUUAAAGGAUGCACUGUGGAGGUGUGCUGUGGCCACAACAGUAAGGGAGUUUGAGAGAUGCAUGCAGUACAUAAGGGAUUUGGAUGAAAAGGCAUAUGAGUAUCUUGCAAAUAUUGCACCUGCACAGUGGACAAGGUCACACUUCACUCCUAGGGCCUUAACAGAUUGUUUGGCUUUACACAAAAGGGAAGGGAUACAAAAGUAUGCUGGAAAAUUGUGUCCAAGCAUACAAGAUAGGUUGGAGAAAUUGAAAGUUGAAAGUAAGCCAUUUAGUGCUACCCCAGCUGGCAGUUUCCUUUAUGAGGUAGGUAGUCAGUAUGAGAGGCAUGUAGUUGAUCUUGUCAAGAAGACAUGUAGCUGUAGGUCUUGGGAUUUAAAUGGCAUUCCCUGCAAACAUGCCAUAACAGCCAUUUAUACAAACAUUGAGACACCAGAAGACUAUACCCACCCAUACUACUUCAAAGAAACUUACAUGGAGAUAUACAAUGAGGUACUUCCUCCCAUGCCUGGCCAGUUAGAAUGGGUUGUGUAA